AAGUUAGAAAAUAUGCAAAGAGAUGCAGAGUUAAAGAUUCGAGAAGCUUCGGAGGAAGAGAACAAAGAGAACAACAUGGAGUAGAAUGUAAAAGUUGACAAAGAGACAUGUAACAAUUGUAAAGUUACCAUACAAAAGAAUUUCACUAAAAUGAUUCUUGGAGCAUUUUUCAUCUUGAUUGUGGUAGCAUUUUGUCUUGCUGCAACUUUAUUGUACAAAUAUGGGAAUAUAUUUCGACAUCACAUCUUUGUUACAAUCUCUGUGCUUAUAGCGUGGUACUUCUCGCUACUUAUAAUAUUUAUAUUACCAUUGGAUGUUUCAUCGACUGUGUUCAGACAAUGUGUCGAACAAAAUGUUCACAAUACCACUACAACAAAUCAUGACAGUACAACGACAAUACCAUUUCAUACUUGCAAAGAGCCAUGGCCUAAUGUUCCGGAAAAUGUAUUUCCAAAUUUAUGGAGAAUCGUAUAUUGGACAUCGCAAUGUUUAACAUGGUUAAUAUUGCCCCUCAUGCAGUCUUAUAUAAAGGCAGGGGAUUUCACUGUUCAAGGAAAAUUGAAAUCUGCUUUGAUCGAUAACGCGAUAUAUUAUGGAAGUUAUUUGUUCAUAUGCGGUGUUCUUUUAAUAUAUAUAGCAUUGAAACCUGGUUUGGAUCUCGACGGUCAAAAGCUGAAAGCCAUAGCAUCGUCCGCGUCCAAUACAUGGGGUCUGUUUUUGUUAGUUUUACUUCUUGGAUACGCACUUGUAGAAGUUCCUCGUGGAUUAUGGAAUGCUAGCAAACCUGGAUAUACCUUGAAUUAUAGCUACUUCAAAGCUGCUAAAUUAAGUUUAGAUAAAUGUGAAGCAGAAGAAACAGUAGAUGAUAUACUCGAGUCUUUGCAAGCUGCAACAGUAUCUAUCGGACCUGGUCAUCCUUUUCAUUGUAAUUUAGAAACGAUUUUUCAAAAAAUCCCUGCAGAAUUAAAAGAUAGAAUGAACAGGAGACAGUUACCGGAUGAUACGCCGACCGACACACCAUCCGAAAAAUCUUUAAUUCGUUUGCAUAGACAGACUAUAAAAUCACUGCAAACAUUGCAACGCAUAGAAACGCAGUGGGGGAUUUUGGUUGAUAAAAUAAUCGAUUUAGAGGACAUAGCAAAGAAUCAAGUGAGCCAUGAUAGAAGAUUCAAACCAACUUUUCCUAUUCAUCGCUCAUUUCCACUUCGCGUCGUUUAUAAUCCAGUUGUUGAGUGGUAUUGGAAAUGUGUCAUGAAGAGUUAUGUUCAACAGAUAGCAGCUAUUAUUGCCGGCUGCCUUUCGGUAGCUGUUGUAUGGUCAGAAGUAACAUUUUUUAACAAAAGUCCAGUGCUGUCGUUAUUUGCUCAGUUCUUGAAUCUAGCUAGGGACAGCUAUGAUUAUUUUACAAUCGAGUUAUUGUCCAUGCUGAUAAUUGCAUAUCUCUGUUACUGUGCUUAUUCAACCGUGUUAAAAAUUCGUGUCUUGAAUUUAUAUUAUCUGGCGCCGCACCAUCAAACUAAUGAAUAUAGUUUAAUAUUCAGCGGUAUGAUGUUAUGUCGUCUCACGCCUCCAAUGUGUUUGAACUUCUUGGGUCUCAUUCAUAUGGAUUCUCACAUUAUAAAAACACACAUACUGGAAACUCAUUAUACUCAGGUAAUGGGACAUAUGGAUGUCAUUUCCAUCAUAUCUGAUGGAUUUAAUGUGUACUUUCCAAUGGCUAUUUUGGCAUUUUGCCUAGCAACAUACUUCAGCAUAGGAAGCAGAUUACUUUCCAUGUUGGGUUUCCAACAGUUUCUCGACGACGAUGAAUUUACUACAGAUCUUGUGGAAGAAGGGCGAGAAUUAAUAAAACGAGAGAGGCGUAAACGCCAAAGGGCAGAAGAUUCAAUUUGCAGAAGACGCGAACUACAAGAAAGAUUUAGCAGUACUACAAGUUCAUCGCGUUAUAGAACAUCUCGACAAAGUACCGAUACAGUGCGUCCCUUAAAACGGGACGAAUCAGUAGAAUCCGCAAGGGCUGGUCUGCUACGUGAUUUCGACCCUACGGAUUAUUAUAUCGGCACGACAUCGGGUGUUGAUAGUUAUGGUGCAAACAAUAGUUACGAUAGAAACUACCAGGCGGUUGAUUUUUAUGAAGAUCGUAUGGACAAUGCAAGAGCAUUUAAUACAAAUACAAAUCGUGUAGGACCUCCACCGAGAGGAUUGUUCGACGAUAUUUAAAUCGAAUCCAAUGCCGUUUACUUUUUAGUCGAUAACGUGAAUUACUAAACAGGUAAAUUUAUAGUUAACAAUACUCACAUAUAAACUGUCUACUCUUGGUACAUAAUAGAAUUUUCUAAUGCAGAGGUUGUGAAUAUAAUUAAAUUAAACGUUAGAAUCGUAAAAAUCAUGUAACGUAGUAGUAUCAUUAAUAGAGAAUCAUUUAAAUUAUGGGUUGAAAAAUGGAAUUAAAAGAUGAUUCAAUUCUACGUACCUUUCUUGCUUAUUAUUAAAUUUUAAAACAAAAUAAAAAAUAUCAUGUGUUCGUAUCCAUGAUAUGGUUAGUAAAGGUUUUAGGAGUUUUGACUAAUUUUAUUCGUAUUUAUAUAUUUGUAUCUUCGAAAAAUUUUCACCAUUGAUGAAGUAAUAAUACAACAUUAAAAGAAACUUAAAUUAAGUAAAUUCUAAAUGAUUCUUAUCUUUAUUUCUUUUUUUUUUUAAUUUUGAGAAGCAAUAUGUUUCGUAUUUAAUAAAUAACUUUAUAUAUAAAAUUUAUAUAUAAAUUUCUAUGCGCGUAGAUUCAAAUAACUGCACAUUGCUUAAGAUGUACCAGAAUAAAAAUAGAAGAAAGUUGAUUUUAAAUAUUAUACGUGCUCUUGUAGUGAACAUCAUAAUAAAAUGAAAGCAGUGUAUUGAUUAAUUA